CGAUUUCGAUUAUCAUUAAUAUUAAUGCGGGGGUUGAUUUCGUCAGCAUAGGUCAGCAUGCGAUGUCUUCUCCGAAUUACAUUGCGUACUCGUCCCACACAAAUAUCUUUUCCCUUCCCCUAGAAGUCACCGAGCAAAUUCUAGUCGAAUGUGCCUUCUAUGGCCUACCAGAAGCAAUAGCGUCCUUUUCUCAGACAUGCCGAAUGUAUUUUGACCUUGUCUAUGGGGACACCGACAGCCACCUUUGGAGAGAGAUUUACCUUACGACCUUUGAUGACCCUAGGCCAAGGUUAAAUAUACUUAGACGACCAACUGCCUCGGAUCCUGCUGAGGGAAGAAACUAUGAGUGGAUGAAUGAAUACCAGCUUCGAAUUCGCGCUGGAAAACUGGUUCGAGGUACAACAGUGGAUCCACGUACACUUGCUUCCAGUCUUAAUGCGUUGUCGUCUACUGCAAUAUCUUUACCCCCACAGCUCCCGGACCUUAUAGAAAGUCCUCCCACCCGCGAUUCCGCUAGUAUUGCUUGGUUGAAGCGAGUGUUAUCUCAGGGCAUCCCGCCAGCGCUGGUCCGCCGUUUGACUUUUAGAAAAUCAGAUCAUGUUUUAUCAAUCCCUGAACGAAAUAUCAUGCAUCCCGGUUGGGAACAUUCUUCUGCAGGUCGGGCAUUCUACAAGCUUUUCUUCCUCAUUGGCCUUGAUGCCGUUUCAACCUCGGGGCAUGCGGAUGAAGAAGAAAGAUAUAAUCUCCGAAGCCGAACGCGAGAGAUUGAAGAGUCAACUGCAACGGAAGCGAAACAACGUGCUUUGGCGCGUACUGUUGCCAGACACCGAGUAUACAAUUUGCCUUACCUCUCGGCGGACCGAUGUUGGGGCCCAUUCCUACGAGCUCAAUCUCCACCUCCACCACCCGAUAAUGAUGAUGAUGAUCACCUUGUAUCAGGCAUAAGUAGUUCGUUCAAAAACGUUGAUGGGAAAGAACAGGAGGAGCCAGAGAAUUCGACUGCGAUGCUGCCAGUCGAGGGACCGAACCAUCGGCACAGGAGAACGUUCGAGUCCUCUACACAAGACCACAACGAUAAUCUGGUUCAAGUCGACAUGUCUUCCAUCCGGGCAAUAUUAGCCAAUUUUGACGAGCAUGACCUCCAAUUUUUGGACGAAGAUGAAGAUGCCGACCCGGACUAUGUCCCGGGUGUCAACCAAUAUCAUAGUGAAUCAGACACAGAAGAACACAGUGAAUCUGAAUUUGAACAAGAUGCCACGUCAGAAAUAUCCUUUUUCGACGAUGACGGAAACGAUGGGAAUUUCUUCGCUCCCACCUCCGGAUCACCCCAAAUAUUUCCUUCAAGACCUGAUCUCGUGUAUCCUGAUUGGGCUUUUCUUUCUGCUGCGCGUCUAGUCAUCACUGAGAAUCUGCGUGAGCGAUACGGAAGCAAUAUUCCAAUGUGGCCAUGGUUUACUACCACGGCUGCAGUCGAAGCAACGAGGGAAAUUCUACUACGAAUGGGUGUACCGUUGCCUCCGGAAUCGAAUAAUGACGGCGAUGGAGACGAAGAAGAUGAAGAUGAAAACGAUAGUAAGGCUGAGACCGGUGGCUGUAACGCUGAAAAUGAUUCUAGAAGCGGGUUUGAGGCUCUCAGGAUGGGCAGCGCUCCUGCUUUUUGGACAUGUCGAGGCGCCAAAGAAGGCUGGACGGGAAUCAAAGCCGAAGAGCAGGAGCAGGAGCAGGAAAUGUCAACACCUUGGAAAAAAGACAAAGAUGUCGAAUUUGUUGAUGGAUGGGAUUGGGCUGGUGCUGAGGGAAGAUGGAUGCGUGCAGUUUGUUGGAUGGAUUAUCGAGACUUGUUGUUUCACAAUGUAUGCUAUCCCUUAAUGCUCCCCCUUGGAACUACAACUGAACGUCCAUAAGCUUCAAACGUCAUAUCCGCGAGCCGCAAAUUACCACCAUGAAAUCGAAGAGACUUGUCGCGUCUUUCCUAUGACGCUCCGAGUAGUUGGGUUUUCUCGUGUUCCUGUACCGUUGGCCUUACCCGCAUCAUCUGGGUCAUAUCCACCGUCGAAGAUUUCUACGAAAUCCAAAGAGAAAGGAAAGGAA